AUGUCAAGUGCAGCUGCAAUCAAAAGUCAUUCCAUGAAAUCUCCAAAAUUUCAGAAAAGGUUAAAUCCACUGAAGAAUCCAAAUUUUGGAAUGGGAAUCGUUCCACCAACAUCUCCAGAGUUUCAUACAGAUCUGAAUGAGUCUUUGAGCCAACAGGAAACAGAGAAAAUUGCUGGCAGAACUGAUUUUGGAAAUGUUCCUGCAUUGGAUAAGUCAUCUUCCAGUUCAUUCACGCCAGAAACCAGGCAUGAAACAAAAGCAGAUUUCAUUGAGAGAGAAAAAGCCAGGCUUUCUGCAGAAGGAAACAAAACUGUACAGAGUCUCUCAGAAAAAGAUCAGAAAUAUUUACAAAGUGUCAAGGAUCGACUAAAUUUACUGACAGGUGAAAAAAAUGGGCAGAAAGAAAAUUUAAAAUUUCCUGGCAAUAAAGCAAAGGAUUUUCCAGCUUUGAGGAACAAGCAUGAUUUAAGAUCAAGUUUUUACCAAGACACAGUAAACAAGCAAGAAACCAUUUCAAACCAUGAUGGAAUUUCGACUUUCAUAGCCAAGAAAUCUUUGGAACAAACUCUGGAUGCAACUCAAACUGAAAAAGAAACUUCACAGGAUAAUCAUUUCAAGUUGGCAACGUGUUCUUUGAUAUCUCAUGAUGAAUCUUCAUAUGAAUCAAGUCAAGUUUCCAAGAAAAAUAAGAAAACCAAACAUAUUCCAUCACCAGUUUUGAAUGAAGUCAAAUCUGAAGACAAUCUUGGAACAGAUUCUGACUUCAAAAAGGCCAAUGGCGAGACAAUCGAUAAUUCUUUUGUUGACAAAGAUGAAGGAAGUCAGGUAAAGUUAGAGAAAGCAAAGUUGUCUUCCUACCAAGGAAAAUCGGUGAAUUUGAAAAAGAAAGCUUUAAAGAAGAAACUAGUAGGAUUAAAUCCUCCAGAUGUCCAAGACCUUCUGAAACCGCUUCCCAGUCAAAGACAUAAGCAAUAUUUUGAUCCACAGGAAAUAGCUGAGAGAAGACGGCAGAAACUUUUGGAAAAAAUGAACCAGAAAAAAAUUCUCUUUGAUGAAGCCUCGCCAACACAGCAGCCGCUUUUUCAAGAUUAUGGUUGGUUGGCAAAAUAUUGUAUAUUCAAUAAUGAUAACUGGACAAUCUAUGGACGUACAUUUGAGUCUGCUGAUACAAAAAAUAGAGGUUGGUUGACUCCCAAAGAAACAAUGAUGGCUUUAAGGACAGCUAACAGCCAAUUGACACCAUCUGAAGAGGAAUACUUGUGUCGGAUUAUUGAAUUGACUGGUUACAGUAUUGAUGAUGGAUCCGACUUGAGAUUGUUUUCAAUUUUGGCAGCACUUUCUCAUCGUAUUACCUCCCUUGAGUAA